ACUGGAGAAAAACCGUUUACAUGCACUCCGUGUGGAGAGAGUUUCAGACUUAAAAAAAACCUUAAGAUACAUAAUCAGAAUUCAUUCUGGAGAAAAACUGUAUACAUGCACUCAGUGUGGAAAGAGUUUCAGACUUAAAGGAGACCUUAACAGACACAUGAGGGUUCACACUGGAGAGAAACCGUAUACAUGCACUCAGUGUGGAAAGAGUUUCAGACUUAAAGGAGGCCUUAAUAGACACAUGAGAGUUCACACUGGAGAGAAACCGUAUACAUGCAGUAAGUGUGGAAAGAGUUUUUCUCAAGCAUCAGGUCUCAGUGACCACCUGAAAGUUCAUUCAGAUGAGAAGCCUUAUGUGUGUUCCUUCUGUGGAAAGAUUUUUUCAAGGCUAGAUAAGUUUAAACUUCACCAGAAAACACAUAAUGAAGUGAGAGAUCAUGUGUGUUGUGACUGUGGAAAGAGCUUUACUACAUCUAGUGAUCUGAAACGGCACCAAAGAAUUCAUACUGGAGAAAAACCUUACAAGUGCUCAAAUUGUGACAAGAGUUUCAGUUGGUUGGGAUUACUGAAAUCACAUGAGCGAGUUCAUACUGGAGAGAAGCCGUACCACUGUACUCAGUGUGAGAAGAGUUUCAGCUAUGCAGCAUGUUUGAGAAUUCAUCUGCUCCUUCACUCUGGAGAAAAACCAUUUCACUGUGAUCAGUGUGGUAAAGAUUUUAUUUCAUCAUCACAUCUAAAACAACACUUGAAUGUUCAUUCAGAUGAGAAGCCUUAUGUGUGUCCUCUCUGUGGAAAGAGUUUUUCAAGGCUACAGACUUGUAAACACCACCAGAAAACACAUAAUGAAGUGAAAGAUCAUGUGUGUUGUGACUGUGGGAAGAGCUUUACUACAUCUAAGUGAUCUGAAACGGCACCAAAGAAUUCAUACUGGAGAAAAACCUUACAAGUGCUCAUAUUGUGACAAGAGUUUUGCUCAGUCUGGAACCCUGACAAAACAUGAGCGAGUUCAUACUGGAGAGAAGCCGUACAGCUGUACUCAGUGUGAAAAGAGUUUUAAACAUUUACAAAGCCUUCAUGAUCAUAUAAAAAAAUGUUGCAAGUGAGCAAACAGUAAAUACUGUGAGAUAAAAUAUGGAGUUUUUACACUAAAUUGUCUUCUGAUAGUUAUGAGAAAUUAAAUAGAAAUAACAUCUU